AUGAUCAUAGAAGGCUGUGCAGACACCCGUCAGCAGAAGAAACCUUAUAGCAGGCCACUGACUACCUCCAAGAGACUACAAUGCUAUAACUAUUGCGGGGAGCACCUGAGGAGAGACUUCACUAGACCUGCUAGCAGUACGGGUGGAGCAGUAGCACUGGUGGCAGGACGCAGGUUCAAGCUAAAUCUUAUUUGCCUGCCGAUGGAGGGUUUGGAUGUGAUUCUAGGCAUGGACUGGCUGACGAGCAACCAUGUUGUCAUCGAUUACGGACGGUGUAGGGUAGUGUUCCUUGAUACAGCAGGGUUGGAGCUUAUCUCGUCUAAUCAGGCGGUGAAGGAGAUUGAGGUUAGAGCUACAUGUUAUAUGAUAGUGGCUCAUGCGAAGAAGAUGAGUACGGUUGAGAAAAUUAGUAGAAUUCCGGUAGUGGAGGAAUAUGCAGAUGUCUUUCUAGAUGAGAUUCCAGAGUUGCCGCCUAGCAGGGAUGUUGAUUUCUCCAUUGACCUCAUCCCUGGCGCUGGACCAGUUUCUAUGGCACCGUACAGGAUGGCGCCAACUGAGUUAGCUGAGUUAAAGAAACAGCUUGAGGACCUACUCGAGAAGAAGUUCAUCUGA